CAACGAGGCCAACCACUCGGCCGCUCGGUGCAGCGGCACACGCUCGAGAAAAGUUCCUCGUAGCGACGCGAGUUGUCCCAAGAUCCCUCCGGAAUUCCCCCGGGAAAAUUUCGCGUUACGUUCGCAUUAAAUAGAAUUUGAUAAUUAUAAGAUAAUUAUAAAAUGAAGGAAGAAAAUCGAGCGACAUUUUUCUGAUUGCUUUUCGAUGGAAUUGAACUUAAUCCGGCAUAAAGAUUUUUCAUUAAAUUAUGGUUUUCGAUGAAAAGAACGUUCAAUUUAUUCGCGCGAUGAAUCGAUGGGUCGAUCAUUUUUUUACGAUGGAUCGAUGUUUUAUUGAUUCCACUGCAACUUUUCAUUGAAGAAAUCCAACGUCGCGGACACACACUUUUUUGUACGGUAGUUCGUUCGGUUUUUCACCUCGAUCGUCAUGCUCCCGUUCGAUGCAAACUUUUGUCCUAAAAUUAUCGUCAAAUGAGACGAAAAAUGUUGCGCUGAACUAAGCGAGUCAAAAGUUUAACUGGAUUUUAUUGUUUUCGCAUGUUUGUGACCAAGUGCAAUUGAAUGCAUCACGAUAAAGUUAACUCUUCCACGUCGUUCGAGAAAACGCCGCCAAAGCCGUGGAGAUGAUAACGAAAAAACCGUGCAGCCGGAGAACCGAUUGAGAGAUUCGAAUUAAAUGAGAAACUAUGAAUCGUCACAGAUUCGGGGACGCUCUAUGGAAUAUUCGUAAGAUAAAUUUCGUUGAUAACGGUGAAAGAUGAAAUCCGCUGACUGGCUUCAUUCUGCUGAUGCGAACAGUUUUGUACGAGCUAAUCUGCCUUGGCCAUAAUAACCGAAGCUUCGACGAAGUAGGGAUGAGCCGAAUUUUUAAAUCACGACAAUCGAGCUGCAGUAUGAUCAAUGAGACAGAAUAUCGAAUAAGAAACGUUGAGAAGUUGAUGUUUCCACGUGAGAUAUCGAGUUUCAAAGGAUCGUUUGAAUUCUCGAGAGCUUAAUUCCCUGAAGCCAGCAUCAGCUUUUGGGUUCGCUCUCGUCAGUCGUCAUAAUGCCGAGGACAUUGAUGAGCUCGGGAUCGCCCUCAAAGACGAAGAAAGCGUCGGUUGCCGUUGAGCUCGCCGUGGCCGCUCGAGCAUCCGGCAAUACCGACGGAAGCUCCAGAAGUCGAACUAGCCAGAACGAAUUUCGCAAUGUGGCGCUACGUCCGUCGUCUUAGCGAAUAAAAGUAUAUUAGCGGCUUGCUCAGCGGGGACUGAGGAAAAGGAGUAAACGAAUAUCAAGAGAAAUCGAGCGAGAGAGGAUCGUUUCGCGAUCCUCCGAAAACGCUGCAAUCACGAAUUCGUUUAUGAUGAUGGAACAUCAAACACCGACUUUGGUGCCACCGGCUCUGAACAACAGUAGCUGCUGGCCCGAUGGCUCGACUAAAAUGCUGUGGACUACACCCGGCCCUGGAGAACUUUUACGGGCCGCUCUCAUUUUAAUGCUCAGCCUCGGUAUACUUUUCGCCAAUCUUCUUGUCAUUUUCGUCAUCAACAGUCGACGUUACAGCAAAUACAUCCAUGCACAGCCAAAGUAUCUUCUGACGAGCCUCGCUAGCAACGAUCUCGCAAUCGGAAUUCUCGUUACACCUUUCGGCUUUUUACCGGCUGUGUAUGGCUGCUGGCCCUACGGUGAAGUCGUCUGUCAAAUUCAGGCAUUACUGAGGGGAGCUCUGACUCAGCAAAGCGCAGUAAUCCUCGUAUGCAUGGCGAUCGAUCGUUACGUUUGCAUGCUGCAUCCCCACCGAUAUCAUCGACAUUCUUCCAAAAAGUACUAUAUGCGGCAGGGCUGCAUGGCAGUCAUCUCUACGACGUGGAUAGCGAGCGUAGCAAUAUUCGGCAGUCUAGUACUGCCCAGUGGCGGUUACUACUUCAAUGGCUCGGGUCUGCUCGCCUGUGAUCCAUUUUUUGCCAAGGCCUCCUUUAGGAUCCUUGCAUGCUGCUGUUUUUACUUUCCUACAACAAUGGUUCUGAUGUACUGUUACGGAUCAGCUUUCCAUGUGAAUAAAUUGCGACUAAAGAGAGUCGUGUGCGUCAACACACCGGAAGUCGUCAGCGGGGGGAACAUCGAGAGACUCGUGGCACACGAGAGACGACUGUCGACCUCGGCUUCCCGAACAAUGGCGGCGAUGAGCCUCGGUUUCAUCGUCAUGGUCACGCCGUGGACCAUCCAGGAAGUUGUGGCAGCCUGUACCGGAAGCAAACCACCGCCGUUUCUCGACUUCCUCGUAACGUGGCUCGCUCUGUCAAACAGCUUUUGGAAUCCUUUUCUUUACUGGCUGCUCAACAAUCACUUUCGUCGUAUAUCUCGAGAGAUUUUCUACACUAAGAUUCUAUGCAGACGGAAACCACUUGGCGAAAAACAUCAUUGUUGUGCCACGAGCACAGGGGGUUUAGACGUUUGUAGUAUCGGAGGACUAGAUUUAUCAGGUAUAGAAAGAUGUUCGAUGGACCGAUGUUCUAUGGCGCGAUGCUCGACGCCAUCCCUGGUAAAUACGACGCCACCACUGCCGUGGGAGACCGGAAGCGCGAUAUGUAACGAAGCAACGUGCACGUGAGGAAGAGACGCCGCCACGCAAACCGAGGAUCCAGGAUCUCCGGACGAUCACAGUUAGUACCGCGUGGCGGCGACGUCAAUUACCCUCGAAUUCAAUUCAGCAUCAAAUUCCCAACGUAAUCAUGGACUCGCGAGCGAUGUUACUGCGCCACGGACGAAUAGUCGUCAUCGUCGUAUUCGGUACUCCGAAAAUUUGUACAGUCGCUUACGGAUCGCUGGUCGAUCAACUGUCUGCUGUGACAUUUUUUUUCCUGCGAGCGAUCCGAACUCUGUUGAACGAAGGAACCAUGAGCUUCGAGAAGUGCGCUUCGAGUACGCCUCGUUCAAAAGCCUUCCCGAUCUUCUUCAUGACGUUUACUCCGUCUGAGGCGCCAUGCGCCAUCAACGAACGUCUCAUGUGGCCAUUUCGACCUCUUCGCGUUGAACGCGAACACACUUUUUCACUGCCCCUUUCAUCUGCAAUCUCCAGACUCGACGAACGUCGAAACGUCAUCGAGUGAAUGCUCCAGUCAUUGGCACUUAAGGACAAAAGGGUGCGGAGCCAAGCAUUGUCUCGUUUUUGAAUUUUCUCCACAAAUACUUUUUACGUGUUUUUUUAUUUCUUCGCAAAUGGACGGCUCAUGAAUAUUGGAAAGCAGCGAUGAGAGGCUAAUGCUCAAAAUGUUUUUUGCUCACCAAAGAUAAAUGGCUGAUUAUGAAAUUCUGAUGAUGUUAAUUAAGUAAUCAAUGACUGGAGUAACAAUUUAGUCAACAUCGAAUAACGAAGUUUAAUCUCCGGGUGCAUCAUUUUUCCUCUCAUUUAUUAUUUUCAUCGAAAAUUUAAUAUUCCGAGCGUGGUCCCCGGAAACGCUUUAUUUUACUCGAAUAUGAAGUAUCGAAAAAUAUUGGUCGAAAAUCAGAGGAAAUAAAAGUGGAUAAAUAAAUGCUGCAAUUUAAUGCGAACGAGCAUGAGUGCGAUAGUGUAGCGGCGACAUGAAACAAAUCGAGAAAACGUUCGAUGGUAUAUUGUUACGGAUGUUUCUCCUCUUGGUUUGCAUUGGAGCCAAAAAUGUUGCCCUCGUUAUAUGUGGGCAGGGCCAGCAGGGUCAGCCAAUGCUGCAACUUUAACAGCUCAUUCAAACGAAUAUUUACUACCGAGGAUAAAAGUGCCAAAGAUUUUUUCACGAUUUACCAUUAAAUCGAUGAACUUUAUGAACUGAUGAAUGAGUUUUACAGGAAUUAUCGUUUUUCUUACUCGGCCAAAUGAGAUCUGUGGUCACGUACGUCAGUAAAAAGAAAUACGAAAUUAAGUUUUUCAUCUCUGGAAUGUACUGAAUUUUUUUCUCCUGUCCAGAUGCUGAAUAAUUUCGGACAGAAAGUAAUUUAGUUUUUUUGCUCUUAAAGAAUUAUGUCAUCGCGUUCCAACGAUGCCAGCUUCAAUAUCGAUAAUAAAGCACUUGAAACUCCAAUGUUUUGUGAAUUAAAAGUGAAUCUCGAACAAGCAAUAUAAGAUUUUGAUAAAAACAUCCCCAUUUAUUAUUGCGUUUUAAUUUUCUCACAAUUAUUCAUUCAUUAAGGAAUUAAAAAGAAAAUUACCAUUGGAGGAUUAAAACUGACGAAUGCUGUUCAAUAAUAACCAGAAAAUUGGGAUGUUCAAUUCAACGAAACACUUUCGUAUUGGAUUAUGCAUGAGAAUCUGAUCGCAAGUAUGGGGAUGAAUGCGAGUUGAGACUUUUCAAAUAUUGCUGAAUAUUCGAAAAAUGAUGUAUGAUCUGAGAAAAUAAAAAUCGAUUGAUAUUCAGAUAAGUAACACGAUUUACACUAACAAAAAGACGUGCUAAAUUUCGACAAUGGAUUGACAAUGGAAGGUGAAUUUGUUACAUACGACGACUUUUUAAAUAGGAGGAAUAACAAUAAAUUCGAUUUUGUGAAACGACUAACGGAUCAGUGUAAAUUCGUAUUAUGAUACGUUUUCCUCUACAUUUUUUCAAGGAUUAUACGAAUUUUCAAACAGAUUUAAAUAUUUUAGUAUUUCGGUUGAAACAUUCCAGCAGUUAAACACUGGAGCGAUCGACUUCGAAAAAGUUACUGUUUUCAAUAAUUUUCCAUUCUGAGAAGCCUGCAGCAACACAAAUGUUCGUGUUUUUCCCGAAAAAUCCUGAUUUUUGUGAAGCGGAGGUGUUUCUCACAUUUGAAAAUAUUGAAAAAUAAAUUAGAAUCCACUUGACGAGUGUAAAUCGAGUUACACACCGACACUGCGAAAUUUUAGUAAAUAAGCUAAAUUAGAUGUUUUUUUUUUUUUAAAUCGCUGUCGAUGAAGUUGGGUUGAACAUAACCUGUAAAUUCGCUUUCAAGCGGGUUCAUGUGUUUCAUUUAUUUGGGCCGGUACACGGAGAGAAAAUUUCAUUAAAAACUAUCAUGGUGCCAUAGAGGUAGGGUUCUAUAUCGGUAAUAUUUAUUAAUUCUUACGAACAUACAUAGUAAUUUUUUGUGAAGCGACUCGAUAAAAAUUGAUGAGUGGUGUCAAAAUAAAUACAUCGGUACACAUGUGUAUCGGCAUGUUAUCGUACAAUCGCGAAUGAAAUUCUGUUAUUUACCAUAGUAAAUUUCUAAACACUUUGGAGUAUGAUCGACGCUUGUAUUCGAGCUUCUCAAAUUUUACUAUGUUCAACUGUAAAUUUCAAUUGUGAAAACAGUACUAAGUAUAGCAAAACGGCACAAUGAUUCUACUUGACAGUUCAUCAUCGAGUCAACAUAAAUUUUACAACGUUUCCUUGGUGAACUAUGUUAGGAAAAAAUAGCACAGUUUAAAACUUUGUCACAUCAAAAUAGGCAAUUUAAAAAUUUUCAUUCAGAAUUUAUUUGGAAAUUACAAUAUUUUUGGUAAAAAUCUUCAAAAUGGGCGAUAUAGAACCCCAAUAUCAUGGCAGCAUAGUAAUUCUUACUAUUUUUUUCUCUCCGUGUACCAUAAUUCUUUAAACUUCCCAACUUAUUUGCGUCGAUUUACUCAUUGAAAAGAUCGAAACGCCAGAAAUUCAUUGAAUGGAUGUGGAAUUAUUGAAUUUCGAAAUUCAUGAGGAUCCGUAGUUUAAACAAACUCAUAGAAUAUUAAGUUAUAGUUGAUAAUAAAGUUUUUCUAUAACGGGGGAAAAAUAAAACAUGGGAGUAACCGAAUAAAAAUUUGGAGAGAAACAGAAAUAUCGACGGAAACAAGAAAUGAUAGGAUAUAAUAAAUAGAGUGUCAUCGAAAACCAUUUUCAUGGAUAAUUUCUCGAUCGUUCCUGAAGUUUCCUACGACACUAAAACUCUCUUGAUAAAGGUGAAGUAAACGCAUGUGAUACAAAAAUAUCUGAAGACAUGGCUUUUCAAAUGUUUGCACCGAACCUUCUGUGUUAUCUUCUCUGAAUUUUCAUCUGUCUUUGGAAGAAAAUGUUUUUUCACGUUUCAAACAUUGACCAUUGUAACGAGUUAUGGAAAAGUUCCCGAGAAGACGCGCAAGGGAAGAAAUUCGUUGAUAUCGAAGGUGCCGCAAACAAAAAUACAUGUGAGAGGGAUUUUCGACGAGCAAUUUAAUACGAAUUUUCGUAAUCCACAUACGCACAUUAAGGAUUAAAAUGAAGAAACAAAAGAAAUAAACUUAUUACCGAAAUGUAAACGUUCACUGAUAGCGAAUCUUAGUUAUGAAUUAAUAAAUUGAUUGAUCUACA